AUGAGUCGAGAACAACAACAGCAGAUGCAUCAGCCACAGCAGAUUCCCACGGACGCAUUGAUACUGCAGGUCCUCCAACAGUUACAACAGCAGCAGCUCGUCACAAACCAGCUACUGAACAACCAUCGUGAGUCGCAGGAGCAGCAAAAGCUAUUCAUACAGCAGCAGGGUGAUGCUCUUCGGAACCUUCAAGUCCAAGUGCCGACAGGGCCAGAAGCGAUUUUAGAUUCGCUUGCCGGUAAUAUAAAAGAAUUCCGGUAUGAUGUCGAAGGCGGUGGCACAUUUGCGGCAUGGUUCGCUCGAUACGAAGAUCUUUUUGCUCGUGAUGCUGCUAGAUUGGACGACGCUGCAAAGGUUAGGCUACUGAUGCGCAAAUUGGGAACCAGUGAGCAUGAACGUUUCGUCAGUUUUAUUCUGCCCAAAGCCCCCAAGGAUUAUACGUUCGAUGAAGCGGUAAUCAAAUUAAAGACACUAUUCGGUGCCGCGGAGUCAGUGUUGAGUAAGCGCUAUCGCUGUUUGCAGAUAUCCAAGGGGCCGACAGAGGACUAUAUUUCUUAUGCCUGUCGAGUGAAUAAGUGCUGUGUGGAGUUUGAGUUAGGAAGACUCUCAGAAGAAGAAUUCAAAAGUUUGGUGUUUGUGUGCGGAUUAAAAUCCGAAGCAGAUUCGGAAGUGAGAACACGGCUUCUUUCCCGGAUCGAGGAACGUAGAGAGGUUACGUUGGAGCAACUGUCGACCGAAUGCCAGAGAUUAAUGAAUCUUCGGCAUGAUACUGCAAUGAUUGAAGGGAGUGCAAGUUCAGUGCACCAGAUCAGGCGGUAUCAGCGAUUCCAAAAGCGAUUCAGUCCGAAACAGGAAAGUUCCUCCAAGCCGCAUCGAGCAGAUAGCACAUCAAGGAAACCAUCUGGCCCGUGCUGGAGCUGUGGUGGAAUGCACUAUAGCCGGGAUUGUAGUUUCAAAACCCACCAGUGUGCAGAUUGCAGUCGUUAUGGCCACAAAGAGGGUUAUUGUGUCAGUGCGAAGAAGCCAACCCCUCGUCGUUAUUUUAAGCGGAAAUCUCAAUGCAUUACGGUGGAUACGAAGACUGUGACAGUGUCGGUGGACAUGUUAGACACAGCAUCGGACAUUAGCGUGAUCUCCGUGGAUACUUGGAAGAAGUUGGGUAAACCUCCGGCGCGUAAUCCGUCCGUUAAAGCAAAAGCCGCCUCCGGCAAUCGCCUAAAGCUGGUGUCAGAGUUUGAUGGUUCAAUUACCAUAAACGGUGUAGGGGAAAAGUGGGGAUCGCUCAUAAACGAUGGUUGA